AUGAAUCUUACAGGUCUGAUCCUAGCGGCGUCGGCAGCAGUUGCCAUCAUGCUCCUACAAUGGCUAGCCUUCAUCAGAAAGACAUCAGUCAUACGAAACUCAUGGAAACAUUACGGCCUGUACACCAUCUGGAAGACUCUCGACAGGCCCAAGUGGUUCCUUGUCGAUCUGUGGCCUCGCCAACAACCUUUGAUAUGCAUCGCCGACGCAAAUAUCGCCGAACAGCUGACCAGAGCGACUUCAGACGCAUUGGAGUCGACACCCAAGAUGGCAACACCAGACAGUCUGAAAACCUUGAUCGGGGCUAGUUCAGUUUCCACGGCCCAGGGUUGGGAAUGGCGACAUGUACGCCAGCGACUUAAUCCACUUUUUCGACCCAAAGUUGUUUACUCAACACUACCCUUAGUGAUUAAUCAUACAAACACUUUUGUCGCCAGGCUGCUCGAAGCAGCCGGGACCGGGGCGGAUGUGCCUCUCGGCGAUUACCUUGCUGACCUCGCAACUGAUGUGAUUGGUAGUUGUGUUGUCGGUUACGACAUGGGCUCCCAGAAGUCGGCAGAAGGUGAGAGGGAGAAAGGGCCAGACGGGCUGCUGACUAUCUUGCGUGAUAGUGUGGCUCUUCAACCGCAUUUCUUUGGGUCUGGCUUGUUGGCGGGUAUUCGGCGCCUGUCGGCGAGACGCAAGUUGAAAGACUACCAGAGAACCCUCGAUUCCAGGAUUGGUUGCAUUAUACAACAAGACACCAAGACUGGCUUCGCCGCGAAAUAUAUCGGAUCAGAUACCUGGACCCCGUCUCUGUUUCAGCAGUCCAUCGACCAGUUCAAGACUCUCAUCUUGGCCGGUCAGGACACGACGGCGUGUGCGCUCCAGUGGUGCUUCUUCUACCUCUGGAAGCACCCAGCAGUCCUGAGAGAGCUUCGUAGCGAACACGACAGUGUUCUCGGGACGGACCUAACCGGCGUUUCGUCCCGGCUCCGUGACGGGCUGCAACUGCUACAGAAGCUUCCAUACACCACUGCCGUGAUCAAGGAGACGCUGCGACUCAGGGGCAUCUCCGGAACGACGCGCGAGCCCGCAAAAGACUUCUGCAUUGAUGUCGACGGCGAGCAGGUGCGGCUUGAAGCAGGGGCGAUAUGCUACGUGAACAACUUCCUUCUCAUGAAGAAUCCCGAGUACUGGGGGCCUGAUGCCGAGGACUUUCGGCCCGGCCGCUUUCUUGAGUCCGAAGAGGACUUGAUUAGUGACGAGGCCGGGGAUGACGAGCUACACCCGCACCCAAACCAACGGAUGCGGCAUAUCGCUUACCGCCCCUUUGAGCGCGGGCCCCGUAACUGUAUUGGUCAAGAGCUCAGCAUGUUGGAAAUGCGUGUUGUGCUGGCGCUUACGGUCCGCCGCUUCGACUUCAUCAAGCAGGGCCUCGACGGGGUGGAGGACGAAGAGGUAUACGACAUUAGUCGUGUCGUACACUCUCCAGUUGAUCGCAUGAAGAUGCGCUUUCAGGAAAGGUUCGACGAGUCUGGUAAAAGUUAA